GGCCAGAUCCCCGUUGCCGUCGGUGGGAUCGGACCCCGCAUAGGUGCUCGAAGUAAUCCGUGAACACUGCGUACAACCUGGAAUAUCGAGGGUUGUUUACGAUGGCGAUCCAUGCGAAAACUGUGAAAUCCAACAUAUAUCGCCUAUGAUGUCCCUUUUUUCCUCACUGAAUUCGCUUCCAUCAUCGAUUGCCCUUUCACUGAAUUGACCGAUUAGUCCAAACUUCAUAAACCCCCUUUAUCUUGACUUUUACCCCCAAUAAACCUCCUCCUCCAUCCCUUCCCGACUCGUCGUCGUCAUCAUGCCUUCGAUCAAGAACCAAAACAUCCUCGUCAUCGGCGGUUCCUCGGGCAUCGGAUUCGCCGUAGCCAAGCUCGCCUCCGCCGAAGGCGUCAACGUAUCCAUCGCCUCAUCCAACGCCACCCGCGUCUCCAGCGCCGUAGCCAAGCUCCUCACUUCUACCCCGGGCGCUAGCAUCAAGGGGUACACCGUAGACGUAUCCAACGACGACGCAGAGUCGCAGCUCGAGAAGCUCUUCACCGACGUCGUUGCCGCGACAGGGCAGGCUCUCGACCACAUCGUGUACACCGCGGCAUCGCUCGACGUGCGUCCCGUAAGCAGCGUGUCCGCCGAAUACCUGCGCAACAGCGUGCAGUUCGGAUACGUCGUACCGCUUCUAAUCGCCAAGCUAUCAGCGCGCUUCGUCAAGCAGCACUACACCUCAUCCCUAAUCUUCACAAGCGGCCGUCUCGCCGAGCUUCCCAUGAAGAACAUGACCGUAGCCUCGGGGUGGGCCGCGGCGCUAUACGGCGUCACGCGCGGGCUAGCGUUGGACCUGGCUCCCGUGCGCGCGAACCUUGUAAGCCCCGGAGCCACGGACACGGAAAUAUUCGGGGAGGGCGAGGCGCGCGAGAAGAUAGUCGCGUACAUGGCGAAGUCGGCGCUGCUAGGCAAGAUCGGGUCUCCGGAGGAGGUCGCGGAGGCGUAUAUCUACUUGAUGAAGGACUCGAAUAACACGGGUAGCUGUGUGAGCACGAAUGGCGGAGUCUUGGUGCAGCCGGCGGAGAAUAUGAGCUUUGACUAGGUGGCCGACAUGCACAUUCUUACGUGAGAUUAUAUAGGUAUUUGAUCGGACUAGGUUCGGAUUGUGUUAGCCAAAUACUCGAACUUUUCAUGGAACCCCCUUUUUCCAAGUUAGCUCCACUUACUCGACGAUUUGCAGGGGUCAUC